GAUGGGUGGUGGAAAUAUUUACAUAUAAACCAUCGCCCUGAAGCUUGAUCUAUCAUAUCAAUCUCACUGCGUUCGUUCUUCACUAUUCUCCCACCAUUUCCUUCCUUCUGGCAUCAUCUUCUCUGCUCAAGAUGCGUUACGCAUACCUUCUUCUCUCGGCCGUGACACUUCUUGCCAAGGUUCACUGUGCUCCGGUUGCGGACAAUGCAAAUCCUACCGUCACCAUAUCAUCUGGAGUGGUGAUUGGAACUGCAAAGGCGAUUAUAUCGGCAGCACAAUCAACCACUACUGUAUACAAUUACCUUGGCAUUCCCUUUGCGGCACCACCGACUGGUACCGGUCGCUUCGCACCUCCUGCCGCACCGACAGCUUGGAACUCGCCGUUGGAGGCAACGGCUUUACCUCCUGCAUGUCUUCAACAAUUCAUUUACCCCGAGUCGACGGCUGAAUUUCUGGAAGAAGUGUUUAACAACCCCGGCGGUCCAGCGCCACCAGAGAGCGAGGAUUGUCUAUAUCUUAACGUCUUCGCCCCCACAGAUGCCUCUCCAUCCAACAAGAAGGCAGUCCUCUUUUACAUAUUCGGUGGCAAUUUGCAAUUUGGCACCGGAUCGCUGCUAAAUUACGACGGCUCGUCAUUCUCUGGUUUCCAAGACGUAGUCGUCGUCACAUUCAACUACCGAACGAACAUAUUCGGCUUCUCAGCAUCACCCGAACUCCCAACAGGGCAACAAAACGUCGGUUUCCUCGAUCAGCGCUUAGCCCUCCAGUGGGUCCAAGACAACAUUGCUCAAUUUGGCGGUGAUCCAAGCCAAGUCACCAUCUUCGGCGAAUCAGCCAGCGGCGUCUCCGUCAAGCAACUUAUGGCACAGCCUCCCUCACCACUCCCCUUCCGCGCUGCGAUCAUGCAGUCCGAACAAGCUGUUCUCCCCGGCACCGGCCUCGCCAGCUACCAAGCCACAUUACGAGAAUUUGGCUGUACGGACGAGAGAAAGGGGAGAUGACUUGGAACGUUCUUCGAAUAAUUCAUGAUAGGUGCUGAGAGCGAUGACCACAUGCAAAACUGCCGGCUCUAUCUGGCCCAUGGAUAAUGGGAGAGAUUCCCACACACCUGUCUCGAAGA